AUGAUCAUCUUUUCCAAGUCGAAUACUAUUAUUUCUAUUUUAUUUGUUCUUAUAUAUUUCCAAAGUAUAAUUGUUAGAAUACAAUCUAUUACAAGUAAAGGUAAAUUUGAUUUUGGUCCAAAUCAAUUAGCAUCAAAUAUUUGGUAUAAACCAAAAGGUCAAUUAAUCAAUGGUCAUUAUGAAAAUAGUUAUUCAAAUUUUAGUUUAUGGUCAAAUCUUUUAUUACAUUUACAAAAUAAUAAUGGGUCAAUAUCAAUACAAGCUUCGGAAAUUGGAUAUAUGAAAAAUGAAGCAUUGAUGAAUUUUCGUAAAAAUAAUAUUUCUGUUAUUGUAGAAUUAUCUGCUUUUACUCAAUGUUAUGAUGGUACUAUAUUAGGAUUAUUAGAACUCUAUGGUGAAUCACCAAAAGAUAAUUUAUUUUGUAAAAUUUUUCAUAUUUGUAAUUCAACAGAUCGACAAGAUCCAAAUGGAAAAGGAUGGUUUGUUACUCAAGAUGGAUUUUCAUAUACUCCUGAUUUCUUAAAUUUUGAUGAAAGAAUGCCAAAUUUAAUUCCUUAUCUUGACUAUAAUAAAUUAAUGAAUAUAUCAAGUAAUCCACCGCAAUGGUUAUAUCCAAAUCUUUCUUGGAUAGAUAGAAAAACAUUAGCACGUGUUGACAAUUGUCCUCAAGCAGCUACAAAUCGCAUUUCAAAUCUAAUGCAUGAAUAUAUAAAAUAUAUACCUAUUAUAUGA